CGCUCCGAGGACCCAACUACCCCCAUCCGGUCGGCGUCACGACUCACGCCGGCCUCCGCGCUACACUACACCGUCACCCGAUGAGAGCCGCGGCCACAUCCACAGCCUUCUCCCUCCUCUCGCCCUCCCGCCUCCGGACCUCCGCUCCCACCACCACCAGCCUCCCCUACCGCCGUCGUCCCCGCAUCGCCGCCAUGGCCACCGCCGCCGCCUCCUUCCGCCCGGAGGCCGCGCGCUCGCCCCCCGCCGUCGAGCCCCCGGCCCCGCCGCUCUCCAAGUUCAAGGUGGCGCUGUGCCAGCUCUCGGUGACGGCGGACAAGGCUCGCAACAUCGCGCGCGCCCGCGCCGCCAUCGAGUCCGCCGCGGCCGACGGCGCCAAGCUCGUGCUCCUCCCGGAGAUAUGGAACGGUCCAUAUUCAAAUGACAGCUUUCCGGAGUAUGCUGAGGACAUUGAGGCUGGUGGCGAUGCAGCUCCUUCAUUUUCAAUGAUGUCUGAUGUUGCUCGCAGCUUGCAAAUUACUCUUGUUGGUGGAUCCAUAUCAGAACGUUCUGGUAACAGCUUGUACAAUACAUGCUGCGUCUUUGGUUCAGAUGGCAAGCUUAAGGGUAAACAUAGAAAGGUCCAUCUUUUUGAUAUUGAUAUUCCAGGAAAGAUUACAUUCCAGGAAUCAAAAACCCUUACUGCUGGGCAGGAUCUUACUAUUGUUGACACAGAUGUAGGCCGAAUUGGUAUAGGCAUUUGCUAUGACAUUCGUUUCCAGGAAUUGGCAAUGUUGUAUGCUGCAAGAGGUGCUCAUUUGCUAUGCUAUCCUGGUGCUUUCAACAUGACUACUGGACCAUUGCACUGGGAGUUGCUUCAACGCGCAAGGGCUGCUGACAACCAGCUUUUUGUGGCAACCUGUGCUCCAGCUCGAGAUACUAGUUCAAGCUAUGUUGCUUGGGGACAUUCCACUCUUGUUGGACCGACCUGAAAGUUAAACCCAGGACUAACACAAGGAAUAGUACUCCCUCCAUCCGAAAAUACUUGUCGGAGAAAUGGAUAAAAAUGGAUGUACUACCAGCAAAAGAUCAGUACUUGCCUUUAGUCAUGCUGUUUCAUACACUCGGCAACCGGAAAACUCUUUCAGUGAUGGUAUGGUUAUCUCACGCUUAACUGUUGGCAUUUUAUUUCUAGUUUGGUGAGGUGAUCGCCACAAUUGAGCAUGAUGAAGCAACUAUAAUAGCUGAGAUUGAUUAUUCAUUGAUUGAGCAGAGGAG